AUGAGGACCUGGCUGCCUCGACUCAGUCAUCUGGACCAUGCCACCAAAUGUCUCUUGGUUUUGGCCGUGUUGGUCGUCUUCAUCUUCAUGCUGCCCUCCUUUAUGAAGGAGCCCAAUACAAAAGCUUCCAGGGAUCAGCACAUGCUUGGCAAGAAGAGGUAUCCAGAGUCACUCCACAAGGCUGCAUGGCAGGCCGCCACCGCGGGAGGAAGGACAAGGGCCCCGGGGGGGGCGUCAGCGCAGGAGAGCAGCACACAGGCACCCCCGGCCCAGGCCACGGCCUGCCCCACCCACAGCGACACCAGAGCAGAGGCCAGCGUGGCCGCCUCAGCUGGGCCGGCCCCACCGAGGGGUCAGGAGAGGAAGGACACCGUGCUGAACACGCUGCCCCUGAGGGCACGGGAUGGGAGGGUGGCCUCUGACGGGGCAGAGACACUGUCGCUGAGGAGUCAGGAUGCCAGGACCAUCAAAGGAAGGCAGGACCAGAACAAGGAGCCCUCAGCCACCAGGAGGGAGCCCCCAAACCCUCAGGGCAAAGUGCGGACCACAGCAAGGACACCUGGGCUGAAAAGCCAGGCCAAGGCGCUGACCAGGCCAGGAGCAGGGUCACCGGGGAGGACAAUGAAAGGAGUGACCACAGCGGUUGUCCCCCACUGGGAGAAAGCCCAGGCCACGCCACCCUCCACCCCUUUCCAGAGCCGCAUCACACAGAGAAGUCCAAGUCUGCGGGCCACCAACUUCAAGUCUGAGCCCCAGUGGGAUUUUGAGGAACAAUAUAGCUUUGACACGGGAGCCCUAAGAUCGACCUGCCCCGACUCAGUGAAGGUCAAGGCCUCCAAGUCACCCUGGUUCCAGAAACUCUUUCUGGCCAACCUCACCCUCUUCCUGGACUCCAGCCGCUUCAACCAGAGAGAGUGGGAGCGCCUGGAGCACUUCGCACCGCCCUUCGGCUUCAUGGAGCUCAACUACUCCUUGGUGCAGAAGGUGGUGACUCGCUUCCCUCCGGUGCCCCAGCAGCAGCUGCUCCUGGCUAGCCUCCCUGCUGGGAGUUCCCAGUGCAUCACCUGUGCCGUGGUGGGUAACGGGGGCAUCCUGAACAACUCCCACAUGGGCCAGGAGAUUGACAGCCACGAUCACGUGUUCCGACUGAGCGGAGCCAUCACUAAGGGCUACGAACAGGAUGUGGGUACCCGGACGUCCUUCUACGGCUUCACUGCCUUCUCCAUAACGCAGUCUCUGCUUGCCUUGGGCGGUCGGGGUUUCCCGCACGUGCCUCUGGGGAAGGAUGUCCGCUACCUGCACUUCCUGGAGGGCACCCGAGACUAUGAGUGGCUGGAAGCGCUGCUUCUGAAUCAGACCCUGGUGAAAAGUAGCCUUUCCUGGUUCAGGCGCAGGCCCCAGGAGGCUUUCCAGGAAAGCUUGCACCUGGACAGGUACCUGUUGCUGCAUCCAGACGUAAUCCGUUACAUGAAGAACAGGUUUCUGAGGUCGAAGACCCUGAACUCUCGCCACUGGAGAAUCUAUCGUCCCACCACGGGGGCCCUCCUGCUGCUCACGGCCCUUCAGCUCUGUGACCAGGUGAGCGCCUACGGCUUCAUCACCGAGGGCCACGAGCACUUUUCUGAUCACUACUAUGAUAAGUCCUGGAAACGAACCAUCUUUUACAUCAACCAUGACUUCCCGUUAGAGAGAACACUCUGGAAGCGGCUGCAUGAUGAAGGUAUAAUCCAGCUGUAUCAGCGUCCCAUAAUUUCCAAACCAAAGACGUGA